AUGAGUGGCAGAGCUGCGGCAAGGCGGUGGGGUAAGUGUGGACAUUCCUGCAGUAGAGAGAGCAUCAUGGUGGCUUUCAAAGGAGUCUGGACUCAGGCUUUCUGGAAGGCAGUCUCAGCAGAAUUUCUGGCCAUGCUUAUCUUUGUUUUGCUCAGUGUGGGAUCCACAAUAAACUGGGGUGGCUCAGAAAACCCCUUACCUGUGGACAUGGUCCUCAUCUCCCUUUGCUUUGGACUCAGCAUUGCUACCAUGGUGCAGUGCUUUGGCCACAUCAGUGGUGGCCACAUCAAUCCUGCUGUGACAGUGGCCAUGGUGUGCACACGAAAGAUCAGCAUCGCAAAGUCUGUCUUCUACAUCGCUGCACAGUGCCUGGGGGCCAUCAUCGGAGCCGGUAUUCUCUACUUGGUCACACCUCCCAGCGUGGUGGGAGGACUGGGAGUCACCACGGUUCAUGGAAACCUCACCGCUGGCCAUGGGCUCCUGGUGGAGUUAAUAAUCACUUUCCAGUUGGUGUUCACUAUUUUUGCCAGCUGUGAUUCCAAAAGGACUGAUGUUACUGGUUCAAUAGCUUUAGCAAUUGGAUUUUCCGUUGCAAUUGGACAUUUGUUUGCAAUCAAUUAUACCGGAGCCAGCAUGAACCCAGCUCGAUCCUUUGGACCUGCAGUUAUCAUGGGAAACUGGGAAAACCACUGGAUAUACUGGGUUGGACCAAUAACAGGAGCAGUGCUGGCAGGUGCCCUUUACGAGUAUGUUUUCUGUCCUGAUGUGGAGCUCAAACGUCGCCUUAAGGAAGCCUUCAGCAAAGCUGCACAGCAGACAAAAGGGAGCUACAUGGAAGUAGAGGACAACAGGAGCCAAGUGGAAACAGAAGACUUGAUCCUGAAGCCCGGGGUGGUGCAUGUGAUUGACAUUGACCGUGGAGAGGAGAAGAAGGGGAAAGACUCUUCUGGAGAGGUAUUGUCUUCCGUAUGA